AUGGAUCCUCCUGUUGUAAAGACGGGUGUAAGUUUUGCUGUUCCUAAUGACGAUUUACCAUCUCCCUCUGAAGGAUCUGCUGCUGCAGCAGCAGGAGAAGAAGGCACAAAAGGAGCAGCAGCAGCAGCAGCAGCAGCAGGAGCAGCAGAGGAGGAGGAACCACAACAAGGGCAGCAAGUAGUAGGUACACGUAUGCUAUGUGAGGGUGUAGUUGAAUUACACCCUAAGAGGCCUCCUGUUGUAUUACCAGGUGCAGCAGCAGCAGUAGCAGCAGAAGCAGCAGCAGCAGCAGAAGCAGCAGCAGCAAUUGCUGCAGUUACACCAGCAGAUUUUCCUCAUGUUAAGAAACUUGAUCUAAGUCUCAAGAAUUUAAUUCGCAUAAAUAACCUAGAAACUUUUACCA